UAUUCUAGAACACUAGUACUACUACUACUACUAAGCUAAAAAUGGUGAUCCGAACGAAGAUUCCUUCGGUUCUCUUGCUUUUUUGUUUGGUUCUUCUGUGUGGAACCAUAGUCCUGGGCACACGAGAUCCCGAGCUAAAGCGGUGCAAGUAUCAAUGCAGGCACCAGGGCCAGCAUGGGUCUCGCCAGAUGCACGAGUGCGAGGCCAAGUGCGAGAAGUACCAGAAAGAGAAGGAGAGGACAGAGGGCGGGGGAGGCCAGGGGAACUUGGUGCUUAACGCCCAGGAUCCAAAGGAGAAGUUACAGCAAUGCGAGAGGCGGUGCUCGGAGCAGCACCAGCAGGAGGAGGAGCAGUCGCAGUGCCGGCAGCAGUGCCAGGAGGAGUUCCAGCGAGAACAAGAAGGCAAGCAAGGCGGAGAGGGCACUGGCGACACGAAGGAUCCCUACGACAAGAAACGGGCUGAGGAAAGUGAGGAGGAGGAAGAGAAGCGGCAACAGGGAGAGGGGAAGCGGGGAGAGGGAAGUGAAGAGGAGGAGGAGGAGGAGGAAGAGAAGGAGGGGCGAGGCCGGGGCCGGGGGCAAGAGGGAAGCGAAGAAGAAGAGGAAGAAGAGUCCAAGAAAGGCCGAGGGCGAGGCCGGAAGGAAGAAAGUGAAGAGGAAGAGGAAGAGGAAGAAGAAGAGGAGGAGUCCGAGAAAGGGCGAGGCAGCAAGAGGCACGAAGAGAGUGAAGAAGAGGAGGAAGAGGAAGAAGAAGAGUCGGAGGGGCGGCGUCGACGCAAAAAUCCAUAUGUGUUCGAGGACGAGCAUUUCACUACCACAUUUGAGACCAAGCACGGCCAAGUCAAGACCAUCGAGACGUUUACCGAUCGCGACAGCGCUGGCUUGCUUCAAGUGCUUGAGAAAUUCAGCCUGUCCAUCCUCUCCGCCGAUCCUCUGACCUUCAUGUCACCCGCUUAUUUUGACGCCGAGCUCACACUCUUCGUUGCGCGAGGGAGAGGCGCUAUAUCCCUGGUGCACCAGGAUAAGAGGGAGAGCUUCAACCUCCGCUUCGGAGAUGUCUUGGUUAUUCCAGCAGGCACUACUAUUUACUCGAUCAACCCGGAUAAGAACAAGAAAUUUGUCGUAAUCAAGCUGCUCAAGGCCGUGUCAUCUCCUCGCGUUGAGACCUUUUUCGGUGCAGGAGGAGAGAACCCAGAAACAUUUUUGAAUGUAUUUAGCCCUGAACUAGUGGAGGCUUCGCUGGGAGUAAAGAGGGAUAAGUUCCAAGGUGUGCUCAAGCAGACCAAAGGUCCGAUCAUGAAGAUAUCACAGGAGCAAUCAAGAUCCAUGAGCCACCAUGAAGAAGGCGGAAGAUGGCCAUUCGGAGCUGAAUCCAAAGGCCCGUGCAAUCUUUUCGACGAGCGCCCCACCUACGCAAACCAAUACGGACAACUCUACCAAGUCGAGCCCAGCGAAUGCAGGGACCUCCAACAACUCAACCUUGCCGUCGGUUUGGUCAACGUCACCCGAGGAUCCCAGACGGUUAUUGAGAUGGACUCGAUGGCGACAAAGAUCUUAAUAGGGCUCAAAGGCGAAGGGGGCUUCCAGAUGGCGUGUCCUCACCUUUCCUCGUCCAGCCGCAGCCGCAAGACCGGCCCAAAGUUCCAGAAAGUGAGUGCGACCCUAAGGCGCGGCGUGGUGGUCGUUGUCCCUGCCGGCCAUCCGGCCAUCACCUUCGCUUCCAGGAAGAAGAGUCUUCAGGUCCUGUGCUUCGAAGUCAACGCCCAGAACAACAGGAGGAUCGCAUUUUCAGGGCGGCGUAACGUGUUCAAGCAAUUGGAGAAGCAGGCCAUGCAGUUGGGCUUUGGAGCGCCGGCGAGAGAGGUGUCUGAGGUCUUCAGUAGUCAAGAUGAGGAGGGCUUCGUCCCAUCACGCUUGCAACAAGGCAGCGGCGGCAGGGCAUUUGCUUAAACAGAGGCUUAAUCUGGCCUGAGUUCUGCUCCGGCGUUUUGGUUGUGCUUUCCGGGAACGCAUCUCUCUGCUUACGUGAAUGUAACAUAACUGUAACCUAAAGCUAUUAGCUAAUAACAUAAAUAAAAGCAGAGCUCAAC